AUAAACAAAAUUUCCCGUUUUCGCCUGUUUUAGCAUAAAUUCUUGAUCAAUUCCAGGAGUAAAAAAAUGGGAUUUCGUGAGUAUAAAAUCAGAGCCGAUUGCUGCAAUCGGCACUCGGAUUAUCUCAGGCAAUCCAGCAACUUACAACAUGAAGGUCCUCAUCCUGUUCGCUUUGAUCGCCGCCUCUCAGGCCGCUGUCCUUCUGGGAACUGGAGCUAGUACUCAGUACAGAACCCAAGAUAACCUUGGAAACUAUGCCUUCGGAUACGAUGAAGGUCAUGCAACUGGAGCUACUUUCCGUAAAGAAGCCGGUUCCAAUGGAGUAGUUGCUGGAUCCUAUGGAUUAGCUGUUGCUGAUGGACGACAGAGAGUUGUCAACUACGUAGCUGAUGCUGCUGGUUUCCGUGCUGACAUCAAGACCAAUGAGCCUGGAGUCGAACCUAAAGACCCAGCCAACACUGCCAUCAACAAGGCUGCCGUCAUUGCUGCUCCAGCUGUAGCUUAUGCCACUCCAGCUUUCGCCGCACCUUUGGCUUAUGCCGUCCCAGCAUCUACUGUCCAUGUUGCAGCUGGUUCUCCUUUGGGAGGUUACAGUUACAGCACUCAUGUUGGACACCAUGGUCUUGGACAUUUUCUCUGGUAAACGUAAACAUCAACCAAAUGG